AUGGAGAGUUGCACUACCGAGCACAGCAGUGAUAUGCUAAAUUCCCAUUUGCCAGAGUCAAGUUCUCAUUACAUACCUGUCAAGCUAGAAGAGUAUGAACCACCAGUCUUCAGUGCCAAGAAGCUCCUCAAAAAAGCCAAGGAGAGCUGCCAGUGUGACCGUCGAAGCAUUGUCACUUUCUUCCUCAAGCUGUUCCCCAUAUUUGAGUGGCUUCCUCGUUACAGCAUCAAGACGCAGCUGCUUGGCGAUAUCAUCUCUGGCUUACUGGUUGGGAUAGUUGCCAUCCCACAGUCAAUCUCCUAUUCUAUCCUAGCAAGCCAGGAUCCUAUUUAUGGGCUCUACACAAACUUCUUCAGCGCCAUUAUCUACUUUUUCAUGGCUACCUCACAUCAUAAUUGUGUAGGCUCUUUUGGGGUUCUUUGCCUGAUGAUCGGGGAAUCUGUAAAUCGGCAACUCAAGCUAGCAGGAUUUGAAUCUGGAGUUGGUGCUUCCUCACUGGAAAAUGUCACAUUGAACGGAACAGUUGCUUGUGACAAAAGUUGUUAUGCUAUCACUGUGGCAACCACUUUAACUUUUUUAGUUGGCCUUUACCAGAUUCUUCUCGGAGUUUUCCAACUGGGCUUCAUCUCCACAUAUCUUUCAGAACCCCUCCUAAGUGGCUUUGUGACUGGAUCCUCCCUGACUAUCCUUACUUCCCAAAUGAAUCUCCUACUGGGUCUAAAAAUUCCUCGCCAUGAUGGCAUGGGGUCUUUUAUCCUAACAUGGAUUGAGAUCUUCAAAUACAUCCAGCAGACUAAUAUUUGUGACCUGGUCACCAGCCUGAUUGCUCUCAUCCUCAUUGUGCCAAUAAAGGAAAUCAAUAGCUUGUAUAAGGAUAAGAUGAAAGCUCCCUUUCCUAUGGAACUUCUGGUGGUCAUUGCAGGCACUCUGCUGUCAUACUUUUUUAAUUUCAAAGAACGAUACAAAUCUAACAUCUGUGGCAACAUCCCCACUGGUUUCAAGCAACCUGUUGUACCAGAUAUGAGCCUUUUGCCAAAUGUGGCCCUCGAUGCUCUGCCCAUUGCCAUAAUUGGUUUUGCAAUGACAGUCUCACUAUCAGAAAUAUUUGGCAAGAAGCAUGGAUACCCAGUGCGAGCCAACCAAGAAAUGAUUGCUAUUGGCAUGGGAAACCUGAUCCCAUCUUUCUUCUACUGCUUUGCGAGCUGUGCAGCUUUAUCAAAGACCUUGCUGAAAGAAUCCACAGGAUGCCAUACUCAGAUCUCAAGUCUGAUAUCUUCCUUUGUGUUGCUCCUGGUGUUGCUAUGGAUUGCCCCACUUUUCUACUCACUGCAAACCUGUAUCCUGGGGGUGGUUACUAUUGUUAACCUCCGUGGUGGCUUAAGGAAGUUUUUUGAUACUCCCAAGAUGUGGCGAAUUAGUAAGAUAGAUACUGUGAUCUGGUGGGUCACCAUGCUGUCCUCAUCAUUGGUUUCCACAGAGUUGGGCCUUCUGAUAGGGGUCUGUUUUUCUCUCCUCUGCAUAAUUUUCCGGACCCAAAGGCCCCGAGCCACCCUUUUAGGAAAAGUGAGUGACUCAGAAAUCUAUGAGGACCAGUUCACUUAUAAGAAGAUCAACAGUAUUGCCAAUAUCAAAAUCUACCGCUUUGAUACCUCCCUUUACUAUGCAAACAAGGACUACUUCAAAAGAUCACUCUUCCAAAAAACAGGAGUAAAUCCUUCCUUGAUUGCUGCCAUGCAGCAAAAAGGUAAAGAAAAAAAUGAAAACUGCUUUUCAUUCAAGUUUAACUGCCGAAAGGUCACCAAGAAGGAAGCCAAGAAAGCUUCAACAGAUGUUCCUGUGCCAUCCAUUGAUAUGCACACCUUAAUAAUUGACUGUGGUGCCAUGCAGUUUUUAGACAGUGUGGGCUUGAGUGUGCUGAAAGAGACUCGUCAAGACUAUAAGAAAAUAGGUAUCCAGGUCCUGUUGGCCAAUUGUAACCCGUCUCUCCGCCACUUACUCCAAGCAGGUGGUUGGCUCACUGGGAUGGAGGAUUCAGAGCUACUGCCCUUUCAUAGUAUACAUGCUGCUGUGCAGUUUGCUGUGAAACAGUCCCAAGCUCAGAGGAAGAGUAAAGUGGUUAAAGAUUCUUUCCUCAGCUCUGAGGCCCAGGACCUCUCAAAAGAUUCAAGUUUGGAUGAACCCCUGUAG